UUUUCAUAUUCUCGUGCUCCUUUGUUGUGUUUGUGCUGAAAACCCUAACCCUUCCGUCCGUCGGUCUCUACUUCUGCUGUGCGAAAAUUAAAGUUGAAAAUUGAGUCGUCUUCUUCUUCAUCUCCUUGUGUUUGACUCUCGAUUUCCUGCUGUUCAAAAGGCUUGGAGAUAUGGAUCGCAUUUCACAGCUUCCUGAUUUCAUUGCUCAUCACAUUCUCUCUUGUUUUGAUACAUCCGAUGGCCCUCCUAUAGACCUUGUUCGAAUGAGUGUCUUGUCCAAGACCUGGUUUCACUUAACCGCUUCUUUCCCCAUUUUAGAUUUCACUAUUUAUAAAUUUAAAUCUAGAGAAAGUUUUUUCAAGUAUGUUGAGUAUACCACCUCUAGAUUUUGCAACCAAAAUCUCACUGCACACAAGCUCACGCUUUGGGCGAACAUCCGCAAGUCUGAAGAACUAGGCAUUGUUAACAGAUGCCUUAUAUUACUUCUUAAAAAUGGCGUCAAGGAGUUGUUGAUUUCUAUGCCGAACUACCGUUUGCCUAACAUACUCUUAUCUGUUCCUGUGCUGAAAUCCUUGACCAUAUAUGGCUGUAAGUUGCCUUCUUCCUUGAUGCUUGAUGCGGUCAAGUUGAAGUCUUUGAUUUAUUUGGAACUCGAAUCCGUCCGUAUAGAUGAUGAAGUGAUCAAGUAUAUCACCAGUGGUUGCCCUCUUCUACAACAAUUUGAGAUUAGUUAUUGUCAUGGUUUCAUAAGAUUUUGUGUUUAUGGACACCAAAAUCUUCAAACAGUUGGUAUUUCUGACACUGCAGUUGAGAUAAUUGAUAUUGAUGCUCCAAAUCUAUCUAGUCUUUAUGUAGCAGGCGUGGAUGAAAGAGGGCCACCGCAAUUGAACUUGGCUUCAUGCAAAAAACUAGCAUCACUGUCUUACGAAGGCAAAAAUCUGAAGCGUCUUACCAACUUUUUAUCCGACUUCCCCGUCCUUAAAUAUUUGGCUUUAUGUAGUUUUAAAGACAACAAUCUGAAGUUGUCAAGUCAUUCGUUGAGGGCAUUGGAGUUAAAUUCAGAAUUUGAUUUGGAAGAAAUUGAGUUUAGUACCCCAAAUUUGGGUUUAUUUGUUUACUCUGAUGUUGGCCAGUAUUCUUGCCUUGGGAUAAGGGAUUUACCCCAUUUGAAAGCAUGUAUGCGAUGCUAUCCAGAUGGCUCUAUAGAUGCUCUCUGGCUCCAGAAGUUGAGGCUCUUUUUAAGCAAGAAAAAUGGAUUCAAAGCUUUGAACUUGUAUAUUUGCUUGAGAGAGAAGUUCAUAGUGUUAGAAAAGAUAAAGGAGAUUGAGUUGCCACCUUACGAACUCGAGCAUAUUGAGCUACAUUUUGUGGAUAACGAAUCAUCAGAUCAUGCGGCUUUUGUGGAUGCAGUACUUUGUUGUUUCCGUCCUCGAUCUCUAACCCUAAGAUCAUCCUUUUCUUUAACUAAUUUUGAAGCGUUUUCUUUAACUGACUUUGAAGAACAAAGUGCUCUUGUCAAGUUUACGUACGAGAAGCUACUUGAACAAGAAAAUCAAGGCCAUACACUGAUUCAGAUUGUGUCGCCUUACUCUUCCAAAGCACAUAGCCAGUUUAGAGGCUUGAUGUUAUUGCCCGAGCCAUUACCUCGUGAAGAAAAAGCAAUUAGCUUCAUAAAGGAAGAAGAAGAAGCAUGCGAUCAAAGCUCUGCAGGUUUGGAGAUUUUGUGAUGCGUCGGAUGCAGGAGUCUAUCAGUUGAUUUUGACAAAUUCGACUUGAAACAUUUAUAAGUAAUAUGCUUUUUAAUAUUUACGUAUGUAGUGAUGGUUUUGAAUUUGAAUCAUGACAAUGAUGUCUAGACUAAUCCAUAUAUUGGGAGCUUUUGCUUGCUUACUUAUCGUUCAGAUUAUAUA